UCUUCUAAUUCUUAAUUCACCUCCCUAUACAUUUGCAAUCACUUGCAAGUUGCAACAUACUCAAACUUCAAACUUAUUCCAUAAUUUCAUCGAUCGGUAUGGAGAGUGGGAAGGACAAUGCAAGUGGGAAGAGGAAGACCAUAGUAUUGGGACCAUGGGGAGGCAAUGGCGGAAACGUUUGGGAUGAUGGGCUCUAUCAUGGGGUGAGAGAAAUCACUCUCGUCUAUGGCCAUUGCAUCGACUCCAUUGUUGUGGUGUAUGAUAAGAACGGUAAGCCGGUCACAUCAGAAAAGCAUGGUGGUCUUGGAGGCAAUCGAACAGCCGAGAUCAAGCUGCAGUACCCCGAUGAGUUCCUAGUGAGUGUGAGCGGACACUAUUGUCCGGUGGUGUAUGGUGGCAGCCCGGUGAUCCGGUCACUCAAAUUUGAGAGUAAUAGGAGAACAUUUGGAACAUUUGGAGUUGAAGAAGGCACACCCUUUACUUUCACUGUGGAUGGAGGCAAAAUUGUUGGCUUAAAGGGAAGAGGUGGUUGGUACCUAGAUGCAAUUGGGUUUCACGUAUGCCAUGCUCCCAAAGGAAAGCUCUUUCGGAGAGUUCAGAAAAGUUUCAGAAGGCUUGCCAGCACGGUUUCAAAACCCCUGGCCACCAAAGAAACUGAAAAGACUACUGCUGAGUGUCGAAAUUAAACAUAUUAUACAUGACCAUGCUUGCCAUAUGAAUUUGAUCAUCAAAAAUCCAUGAAACUUACAUAUGCUGGAUGUAUGUGAAACUCUUAAUUAGUUCGCACUUGUGAAUUAUGAUUAUAUGUUUAGUGUACUAAUUAACUUACAUGUUGGAUAUUGCGCGCGAUCAAUAUAAUUCAUUUCAUCUUUACUUUA